CUAACGUGUUCGGUUCGCAAACGCCUGAGGGAGAAAAAGUAUUCCCAAUAAACGUACAAAAGUGCCGACGAUCCGGCAGCAAUUGAAUUGAUCUCCGCGUUUGAUAACUCUUCGGCGCCUGUGGUGCCUGCUCAGUGAAAUUGUUUACCCACCCAGCCGCAGCGAAUUGUCGGAUGCGAGAAUUCAGUGAUCGGCGAAUAGCAAUUAAAGCAAUUACAACAAUUAUAAACAACAAACAACAUAACGCAAUACAAAGUGUUUGGACUUGAAAAAACACAUUUAACUGUGCCUAAACUGAUCCAAUAAAUAAUGCAUAUAGUCGUACAGUACAGGCCUUAAUACACGAUUAGUGACUACAAGAAAAGCCGCAUCAGCAGAUUUGUCCAUUCAAAGUCAACUGGAUAUACGCGAUAGUACGAGGAUAUGAUAAAAUAGGUGUAUCUGCAGCUUGUUUUGCUUGGACCUAUGAACCAAGUUCUUUGCUUUCCCAAGGCUAGCUGAUCCCUGCUGUCCAUUUGCCCCGCUGCCCGGUCCGUCCCUGGCAUUUGGCCAGUCGAUACAGAUGUUGGGUAAAUUCACCUCGAACCAUGUGCAGGUCUACCAUCAAUAUUCCCGCACUGUGUCCGUGAAGAAGCCCGUCAAGCAUCAGCCCCGCAGUUGGAUUGAGACAAAUUUUCAGAAGCGCGAGUGCAUCAAGUUUAUACCAUGCCCAAAGGACGAUACAAAGUGCUGCUGUGGCCAGGCCCAAGUCACGCAUCAGACCAUACAGGGCAUCGAGAGCGGCUCGCCGGGGGACCUCUGGCUCCCAACGAAACACACCCGACCGCAACCCACAGACGCCUAUGGCACCAUUGAGUUCCAAGGUGGUGCCCAUCCCACGAAGGCUCAGUACGUUCGUUUGUCCUUCGACACGCGUCCAGAGCUCCUGGUGCAGCUAUUCACAAAGGAAUGGAACCUGGAACUGCCGAAACUUCUGAUCACCGUUCAGGGCGGCAAGGCCAACUUUGAUUUGCAGGCGAAGCUAAAAAAGGAGAUACGCAAAGGACUACUGAAAGCGGCCAAGACCACAGGAGCGUGGAUAUUCACCGGCGGCACCAACACAGGGGUCACCAAGCAAGUGGGCGACGCACUGCUCCUGGAGGGUCAACAGCGGACAGGUCGUGUGGUCAGCAUCGGCAUUGCCCCUUGGGGGAUAGUCGAGCGCAAUCAUGAGCUGCUGGGACACAACCGGGAGGUACCUUGCCAUAGCAUAAGUUCGCCCAGAUCUAAAUUGGCCGUGCUAAACAAUCGGCACGCCUACUUCCUGCUAGUCGACAAUGGAACCCAGGCGAAAUACGGGGCUGAAUUGAUUUUGCGGCGGAAGCUGGAGAAGUUCAUAUCGAACCUAAAGCUGCAUCCAUUCACACAUUCCAGUACGCCCGUCGUCUGUCUGGUGAUCGAAGGCGGCACCAACACUAUACGUGCGGUGCUCGAGUACGUGACGGACUCGCCGCCGGUGCCCGUGGUGGUGUGCGAUGGUUCCGGGCGUGCCGCCGACUUGCUCGCCUUCGUCCACAAAUACGCCUCGGAUGGAGAGGAGCAGCCUGUGCUGGAGUCUAUGAGGGACUAUCUUAUUGGAACAAUACAGAAAACUUUCGAAGUGGGCCUGGACCAGGCCGAGAAACUCUACCAGGAACUGCUGCAGUGCACCCGCAAUAAGAAUCUGAUUACCGUCUUUCGCAUACAGGAAAAGCCCGAGGGCGAGGCACAGGAGCUGGAUCAGACCAUUCUAACGGCCUUGUUCAAGUCGCAGCAUCUCAGUCCUCCAGAGCAAUUGAGUUUGGCACUGACAUGGAACCGGGUGGACAUAGCACGCAGCGAGAUAUUUGUCUACGGCCAGGAAUGGCCCCACGGCGCUCUGGAUGAAGCCAUGAUGCAGGCCCUGGAACACGACAGAAUCGAUUUUGUCAAAUUACUUUUGGAGAACGGCGUUUCAAUGAAGAAAUUUUUAACAAUACCGCGCCUCGAGGAGCUCUACAACACAAAGCACGGGCCUGCCAACACGCUGGGUUACAUUCUGCGCGAUGUGCGACCGCAUAUACCCAAGGGCUACAUAUACACGCUCCACGACAUUGGCCUGGUGAUCAAUAAACUAAUGGGCGGCGCCUAUCGAUCCUACUACACACGCCGCAAGUUCCGUCCCAUCUACGCCAAGGUCAUGAACAGCUAUGCCAACGCCUGCCGGAAGUCCUCGACAUAUCAAUACCAACGAUAUGCGGGAGCCAACUCGCUGAGUCUCGUGACGGGCCUGCUGCCGUUUACCUCGGAGAUGGCGCUGUUCGAGUUCCCGUUCAACGAGCUGCUGAUAUGGGCCGUUCUGACCAAGCGACAGCAAAUGGCUCUGCUCAUGUGGACGCAUGGCGAGGAGGCGCUGGCCAAGUCCUUGGUUUCCUGCAAGCUUUACAAGGCCAUGGCGCACGAGGCGGCUGAGGACGACUUGGACACGGAAAUCUACGAGGAGCUCCGCUCCUAUGCCAAGGAGUUCGAAAGCAAAGGCAACAAACUACUGGACUUCAGCUACCGCCAGGACGCGGAGAAAGCGCAACGUUUGCUAACCUGUGAGCUACAUUCGUGGUCUAAUCAGAGCUGCCUGUCACUGGCAGUGGCGGCUAAUCACCGGGCUCUGCUCGCCCAUCCCUGUAGUCAGGUCAUCCUGGCCGAUCUCUGGAUGGGAGGCCUGCGCACCCGCAAGAAUACCAACUUCAAGGUUAUCUUGGGCUUGGUCAUGCCAUUGUACAUCAGGCAGCUGGAUUUCAAGUCAAAGGAGGAGCUUCAGCAAAUGCCGCAGACAGAGGAGGAGCACUUGGAAAACCAAAACCUGGACAAUGAUGAUUCGGAUCGCUCGCAGCCCGACGCCGAGAGCGCCCUUUUAAAAGCCAAAAGAUCCAUUUCCUUGAGAUAUAGGAUGGGCGCGGUCACUCAUAACCGCGAAAAGGCUCUAUUGGCGGAUACUUAUUCAGUGCGCGAUACAAAAGUACACGAAAAUGGCAAAGUCAACCUCACUGCUGGAGCGGAAGAACCCUCCUCCAAAGUCUCGCUCACUGACUCGGAUCCCGCGCAGUUCCGGGAGUUCUUCAACUUGUCGGAGUACAACGAAAUCAAGCAGCAUCAGCCCCUGCGCCUGAAGAAAAAGUUCCACGAGUUUUACACAGCCCCCAUUACUAAAUUCUGGGCUGAUUCGAUUGCCUACAUGUUCUUUCUGAUAAUGUUCUCAUUCACGGUUCUGGUCAAGAUGGGGCCGGAGCCGCGGUGGCAGGAGUGGUAUUCGAUAGCGUACAUCACCACGCUGGGAUUCGAGAAGGUUCGCGAAAUUAUAUCCUCGGAGCCAGUGGCCAUAACGCAUAAAUUUUCGGUGUGGGCGUGGAACAUGUGGAACCCGUGCGACGGAGCUGCCAUUAUACUCUUUCUCAUUGGCCUGGCAUUCCGGUUCCGGCCCAACACAAUGGACAUCGGGCGUGUCAUCUACUGUGUGGACAGCAUCUACUGGUAUCUGCGCAUACUGAACAUCCUGGGCGUUAAUAAAUAUCUGGGUCCCCUGGUUACCAUGAUGGGUAAAAUGGUGAAGAACAUGAUAUACUUCGUCGUUCUUCUGGCUGUCGUCCUGAUGAGCUUCGGCGUCAGUCGUCAGGCCAUACUCUAUCCCAACAGCGAGCCAACGUGGCGGCUGAUCAGAGAGGUCACCUACCAACCCUACUUCAUGCUGUACGGCGAGGUGUUUGCCGACGACAUUGACCCUCCCUGCGGCGAGGAUCCGCGACAGCCGGCCUGCGUGACGGGCCAUUGGGUUACACCGAUAACGAUGUCCAUGUAUCUGUUGAUUGCCAAUAUUUUGUUGAUAAAUCUGCUCAUCGCCGUGUUCAACAACAUCUUCAACGAGGUCAACUCUGUGUCACACCAGGUCUGGAUGUUCCAGCGCUUCACAGUGGUGAUGGAGUACCAGCAAAAGCCCGUCCUGCCGCCGCCUUUCAUUGCCUUUUGCCAUUUCUAUUCCCUGCUAAAGUACUGCGUGCGCAAAGCGAAAGGAUUGGAGGUGCAGCGGGACAAUGGUCUCAAGCUGUUUCUGGAGAAGGAUGACUUGGAGCGACUGUACGACUUUGAAGAGGAGUGCGUGGAGGGGUUCUUCCAUGAACAGGAAAUAAUAUUGAAUCAGUCCACCGAUGAGCGGGUGAAAAACACAACGGACCGAGUCGAGACCAUGUCCCAGAAAAUCGAGGACAUCAAUCAAAAAGAGAACAUCCAAACAGCUACCGUGCAGAACAUUGAAUUUCGUUUGCGGAAAAUGGAGGAGUCGUCCGAGCAGAUACUGUCGCACCUGGCGGUCAUACAUCGCUUCAUGUCUACACACACGGUAGGUACGGAUGACAUGCGCGGCUCAGCGAUAAACAUUCCAGGAGAAGUCCACCGCAUUCGGACCAUUUCAAUUACGGAUACCGAUGGAGGCGGUGGAAGCUCAGGAAACGGAGGCGGUGGCGGUGGCGGUGUUGGUGGAAGUGGUGCUGUUGGGGGAGCCGCUGCUGUACCACUUGCGCUAGGCGCUGGCCUGAAUGUAAAUUCCCUGCAGGUGACGAAUCGACGGCGCUUUAAUCGCUCGCUAACGGAGGUGCGUCCGGACGCCUACAUUCUCGACGAAGGCACACACUUUGAGGUGGUGCCCCUGCCGGAGGAGCCGGAUGAAGUGGUUAAGUCUCGCGAAGCCCUCAACGAGCAGGUCGUGCGGAAGGCAUCGAUGCAGUCGGAGGCCGACUCCGAUAUCUACUUGCCGUUGUCGCAGCGUCCCUCCACCUGUGAGACGGUGAAGCGCACUCCCUACGUCACUGUGCGCCAGGACACGGGAGCCAGCACGGAGAGUAAGGACACCUUGACACCGCUAGGCACCAACGAUGACGACCAGACGCUGGUCGGGGGCGAUAACUCCGAUGAUGCGGCGCCGGACAUCAACUUUGAGGCUGCCAGGCAUCGAGCGCUCCGCCAGCGCACAGUCUCGCUCUGCCGCCGGAACUCGGAGACGUAUUCGCUGGCCGGCGCGGACAUAAACCGGUCGCACAUCAGCCUCAACCAGCUGACAAUGCUGUCGCGUCGCCAGAUGAGCCUGACUCAGUCCGAGCCGGACAGUGACAAGGAGGUGCCAGCGGCUGGAGGCAGCGCAUAUCCGGGUAAAUCAGUAUUGCAUGCGAAACCCUCACGAAAUAUAUUGCUGAAACUGCACAGCGAGUACACGUCGAUCACUGAUGAGCUGGAGAGCGUCUGCCACAUGAUUGCCUCGCCAACGGUCUCCCUGCAGAGUAACAAAGCUUCAUUGGACCGUCCCAAGACGGAAAUGUCGCGCGCAGAAGCCGCGGCUUUACAAGAGAAGAAACAUUUGAAGGAGUGCGAGGAGAACGAUUACAGAAUACUAGAGGGACUCUUCGAGGCCCGUGGCUCGAUCGAUGUCAGCGCCGAGGCCUUUGAGAGCGUCAUAUCCGUGGACUACAGCCAACGCUAUCCGCUGCGGCGCGAGACUGCCGUUGAGCUGUCGCCUUCGAAGCCUUCAGCUGAGAUUGAUCUCAUGGGGGGCGGCGGAGGUGGCGGAGACAGCAGUGAUACAAGUGGAGCAGGUAGCUGCAGCGCCAUGGGGGCAGUCGCAAGUGGGUUUCAGCUCAAAGACGAGCGCCCCUGGCAGCGCAACUCCUCAAUGGAGCAGCAGACAUAUCCGUCGCCUCUGGUUCCCACGAGAGCCACAAGCGACUUCCUCAAUCCACCCUUCGAAAGCAGCGGACGCCUGUUCAAGAAAUCCAGCGAAAGUCUGCAGAAGAACUCGAGUACCGAAACAGACUAUUCUGCCCAUCCGUAUCGCUUUAUCAAGCAGAGUUCUAACGAGACGAACACCUCGCUUACCGGCUCUUACAACGUGGACACGCCCUCACUCACCGCGGAGCCCUCUUUGGAUGCCUGCGACUCGCAUUCAGCGACGGGAAUUUCCAUGAGCGUUGGUGCUGCUGGCGGAAAUACCGCGGCGCGUUACCAGUCCAUUCGCACGACUUCCAUUGGCGCGGCCGAUGGAAAACAGCUGCGCGACGGGAGCUCCAGUUCGCGACAGAGUCCAGAGCUCGGAGCCCAAGGCUCGGCUCCAGUGACGAUGCAGGCACCGCCAGCUGUACCAACUCGCCCGAUGUUGCUGAAGAAACAGUUUAGCCUCGACAAGGGCAAGCCAGUUCAAGCUCUAACCGCUGCGGCUGAGGCUGUGGCCACACCAGAAUCUGGCUUAGAUGCAGCAUCUGCUGCCCAGGCCAGGGCCAAACUGAUUUCCACGCUGAAACCACAGUCUCACACGAGCAAGCUGGGAAUGAACGUCCUCAAGGAAAGCAGCUCCAGCACAGAGGGGUCCCGCGAUGGCGAAGGCCUGUCCACUGCGUCCUCUGCCAAAAACAGCAACCCGGCAAUCUCCAUACCUCAGAUUAGCACGCAUCUUGUGCAAGAUGAAAUCGCAAAGCUGUCAUCUAACAUUAAAAGCAGCACUGAAUCUGAAAAGGACCCGCCGUAUAACGAGACAAUGUGCUAGAAAAUCGGAAUAUCAUUGGUAAUAGUUGUUACAGCUAGACUGGAGAUUAGCAUCGGAACUCGGUGAUACCUCUAGCCGCAAAAAAAUGUAGUACUGAUGGAGACAUGGAGGAGUUGAAGGGUUGAUAUUUUCGAGGCAGUUGAACAUUAGAUGCAAAUUAAUAAUCUUGACAAUACAAAGUUCACAGAUUGUCUGUAUUUUUAUACAAGUAUUUAUUUAGAAGCGUUCGUUGCUGUUCCAUAAUAUAUACACAUACAUACAUACCUACGUACAAACAUAAAAUACACAUAUACGAAAAGGUAGACAUCAGUCAAACCCUAAAAACGAAGCAUUUCCGUGUGUACACUUCUGAAUACUUUCGAAAAAUCACAAACUAAAUUUAUAUUGGAUUGCUAUAAUAAGGGAUAACACACAUUCAAUACUUUUAAAAAGGCUUAGGCUUAGUCAGUCUUACUCGUACAUAUGCAAUUUUCAAGCAACCACACUUACAUAUCUUGAGCAACUACACUACUUUACCCAGCAACAAACAUACUUAUUAUAACCAAGCGUGCACAUAUGUAUGUAUGUAUGUCGGUACACUUACAUACCACGAACAUAUUUGAAUACUUAAUUCAGCAAAACGUACUCAAAAGUAUUUCUGCCAGACUUCUCGUACAGUGUAAUUAGUUAGUUAAUCCAUUUUAAUCGUUCAUAAGAAAUAACUACAUGUGUGUACUCUGUGUAUGUGACAUACAUAUGUAUGUACAUAUAUGAUGUUUAGCAGCCUUUUUCGACUGCUUAAGAUGUCACUGUGAAUAUGAAAUAAAUGGAGUUUUAAAUGAUCGCUAAAACUUUGUAUGUUGGGCUACUUUGUAAUAAAACUAUAAUUAGUUGUAAUAGACUUAGAACUAAUUAUAAUAACUGCAUUUUACUGAUUCUAAUUAAUAUGUUUAAACGUAAAGUACAUUUGUAACAAUAAGCCUUUUAUUUUGUUGUCACAUAAGUUGUCUUAUUGUUAUAUGCAUCUUUUAAGACUUGUUAUCCUCAAUGUAAAAUCCAAUUCCCUGAAUUCACUCAUUUUCCACUCUUCAUUUUCUACCUGUGCCAUCUAUACAAACACACACAUAAAAUCUUAAUUUCGGUAUAAAAUCUGAUAUUUUAGAAAUUUCAACUGCGCCGUUCCCACGAGCUCUGUCUGGUACGAGCAAUCUUUUGUUGUCAUGUAGUAAAAAAUGUAUAUUUUAUUUGUUACUUCCUCUUAUAUAUGUAAUACUAUAAUAGUUUCUACAAAAGCUUUAUUGUGCUCAAAAUACACUAGUUUCGGUUUUGCAGUUGUUUACAUAUUAAGAAAGUCUUUUACGUCGCCUUGUUAAAUUACUUAGAUCCACUAACACUAUUCAAACAAUUGAUUAUGACAAAUGUUUAAUAAAUAUUUACAAA